AUGCAGGCGGAGGUCAGCGACGCGGAGCGGCUGUACAUAGCACAGGGCGUGGCGCAGGACCUGCGGAACGACGGGCGCGGCUGCCGCGACCUGCGGCCCUUAGAGCUUGAGCUCGGGGUCAUCGCCGCCGCCAACGGGUCAUCGCGGCUGCACGUGGGCGCCACAGAUGUCAUAGCGGGCGUGAAGGUGUCGCUGGGGCAGCCGGAGGCGGGCGCGCCAGACAAGGGGCAGGUGUUUGUGUCGGUGGAGUGCUCCUCAUGUGCGUCACCUGAGUUUAAGGCUUCGCCCGUUGAGCGGCCUGGCAAGGGGCCGGCCGCAGUGGAGCAGGCUGGGCUGCGAGGCUCCGGCAGGGGUCUUGCCGCUGCCGCCGCAGCCGCGGCGCGCUCGCAGGGCCGCGGUGGCGAGGACUGGGGAAUUGACAUGGCGGCCGCCCUGCAGUCUGCGCUGCGCGCGACGAUGGACCGCCACGCGCUGUGCGUGCUGUCCGGCAAGACGUGCUGGCUGGUGCACGUGGACUGCCUGGUGCUCAACGACGGCGGCGCCGUGCUGGGCGCGCUGAGUGUCGCGGCGCGCGCGGCGCUGGCAGUGACGCGGCUCCCGAAGGUGGAGGUCACCAUGGGGGAGGGCGAAGACGACGAGCCUGAGAUAGAGCUCGGGGACGACAGCGAGGGGACACCCCUGGACGUCACCACCCUGCCCGUCAUCGUCACAUUGGGGCAGAUCGGCAGCCGCUGCGUGGCCGACUUAACAGCGGAGGAGGAGCCCUGCGCCUCGGCGGUGCUUCACGUCGCGGUCGGCCCCCAGGGGCGCGUUGCUGGCAGCAGCAAGGCGGGGGGCGGCGGCAUCGGGCAGGCGGUGCUGAUAGAGAUGCUUGAGACCGCGCAGCAGCUGGGGCCGCGGGUGAUAAGGGAGCUGGACUCGUUCCUGGCGGCCAGCGCGGCGGCGCCGGGCGGGUGA